AUGCAUGAGGACCCGGACAUCAUUUGCAAGUUUCUGUGGUGGUUUUCUCAUGCCAGCGACCAUGCUCGAGGCUUCGAUACGACAGUGGAGUGGGCCGAGCCCGCUGAGGAGAAGAAGUUUGAGCAGGCUAUCACUUGGCAUAUCAAGGAACAGCUGCUGCUCUGCACCUCGAAUGAUGAUGCUACUCGAUUAGCGAAGGACGAAGAUCAAGAAGCGGAAUUGAAGAAACGAAUACCAAAAGCCACAGAACGAUUGGUAGAAGCUCUGUGCGAACAUUACACGUCGGGCAAAGUCGUAGCGGUUUACGUUUUCGACGAGAUACCCGACGGUGAAGGCAAUGUCAAGGUCGAACCUCAUCGUUAUCUCGUUUCCCGUCCCAUUGCAUCAUCCAUGUCAGUUUUAUGCAGAGGUAUGCGCGAAUACUGGGCAGUGGGCCCAGACGGCUCUGUGAGGCUGCUGAAGGACAGUUGGCCAUAUCACGAUUCAGGCGUAGAACAUGAGAGCACCAUCAUGAGAGACUUAACAGAGUGCGCCAUGCGGAAUGUUCCCGAGGUUCUGCAUUGUGGCAAAGUCAGGCUGUGUUGCGAAGACAUGUGUUCUCAGAAAACACUUGUGGGAAUGUUUCUGCUAGAAACGUGGUUAUGCAUUGGAGACACAGAGAAGGGAAAACUGCGCAAGAUCACAGUCUCGCGCCAUGUCCACUGCAGGCUCGUUUCAAGUGUCGCUGGUUACACUCCGCGACAUUUCACGGACUCAAGGGAACUUCUUGAAAGCACCCGUGACAUACUCGACGCGAUUGCCGAUGCCCACAAUCUAGCCGAAAAGAUCCACCGUAAUGUCAGCGUGAACAACGUCAUCUUGUACAGAAAACCAGGAGAGGAGCGAAGGCGUGGAUAUCUGACAAAUUGGGAGCUCGGCUGCGACAUUAAUCCCUCGUCAGAACGUCGCUUGGAGCGCAUCAUUGGCUGUUGGCAAUUCGCGUCGAUGAACGUUCUAUUAAACGAAGAUUACCAGCGCGUUGUAGAGGACGACUUGGAAUCAUUGCUUUACGUAGUGCUCUUUUGCGCUGCACUGUGGUUGGCUCACAACGGAACACUGAGGCAGUUGGAUAUGUUCCUUGCCAAUUUUUUUGAUGAGUACAUGCAACACUAUGGGAAAUACGUACUGGGCGGCAUAGGGAAGCUCAUGAACAAGUUCGAUCGGAGAUACACGGAAGAAUUCGUGUUUAAAUCAAAGCCUAUGCAAGUGUGGCUGAACAAGGCCAUGGCCCUGAACGGUUCGCCAUCGAUCGUCUUGAAGAGGUAUCCGCCCACCUGGACCUUCGAGAGCCUGGCAGAACUCUGGGAUCAAGUAUUGAAGAUGUCAUUCCCCCAAAACCCGGAUAGAGCGAGGCGCCAAAAAUCCGAUGUCCCAUGGCAUGUUGACCUAUUCGUGGCCACAAUCACCCCUCUCAGACGCAGAUCGGCUUAUAGCCGUGAUAGGCCAAAACGGAGCUGCAGGAAAGUUGGUACGGCGGGCCAGCGUGAGCUACGCGAGAGCGGUGCACGACGGAAGGCAGAUGAAAUGGACAUCGAUCCAGAAAAACCUACCAGUGAGGCUGUCCAUGAGAAGACACUCCUCGGGAAACGUCUGGCCUUGAACACGAUAGACGACGAACGGCCAACGAAGAAGACGAAGUGGGGUAACUCGGGCACCAAGGACGGCGCAGGCGGACAGCGCAUCAGUACACAUCAGCGGACUUCUGCUGAACCUAGCCACAGCGACCCAUCCACAUCCCACUCGUCUCGACCUCGACCGAAACCUUCUGACUCUAAAACGGAGACACAGCAGCGACAUCAGGAAAAUGUAAACAUGUCUUUUUGA